AUGGUAUCGUCCCUCAAGCCAGUGACUGCCGCCAGUAUAAAAACAGUUAGUGACAUGUCUGUCAUGGACGAAGGGGCUACCUAUGCUGGCCAGGAAAUUACUACUGAGAAUUCAAUUUCUGUACCAGAGCCUCUGGAUCAUCAGAGGAUCUCUUUCUUUCAAUUACCCCUGAAUGUUCGCAAGGAAAUAUACCAAUAUGCAGUUGCCCCGGGGAAGGUCUUCGUACGUCCAUUCGUUUCGUUCCACUACAUAAACGAUCAGAGCAGACUUUACACCCAUAAACCGCCAAAUAUGGCAAUGUUUUUGGUCUGCAAGAAAGUGUACGAAGAAGCCUGCUCGGUAUUCUACCGAGACAAUACCUUUUCAAUCCUACAUCCCGACGUCCUUUUGGAAAUUUCGAAUGAAUACCCCCGUGUAAGGGACCAUUUAAGGCGUAUGCAUAGCAUUGAGGUUGUCUUCCAUCACCGGGAUUUCCAAUACCUCAGUGGUCCUUUUUGCGAUGAUUUGCUUGCAGGCAGCAUUGCCUUAAAACGACAGGACAAGCAGGAGGGUAAGGAAAACGGCAAAAUGGCAAAGAAUCUCUUGAAAUACCGAGCUUCCAUACUGGGAGCCAGGACAUAUACCGCUGGUAGUGGGGGUGUUGAUCGAAAUAUAACCCCUAUACUUCCUCAUGCACAGGACAUUAAGAGCAUGCAAGAUUAUCUUUUUGGCCGUACAUUGACAUUUCUCCGUCAGCGCCUCCUUAUUUCAAAUCUUGAACUGAAGUUCAUGGAAUGCAUUUGCCCUGAAGGAUGCUGUCGCCUUGCUGGAGAAAUACUGAAUUGGGGAACUAGAAAGACAUGGACAUUUGACCUCCCACGAAGCAUAUCCGUAACAGGAGCCACAGAAGAGGAACGGAAGCAGAUUUUGGAAACAAUUGCUCAUCAACGACCGAGCCCAGAGGUUGUAGACCUCCUGCUGAAGUAUCAAAGUCGACGCAAGUCUUUCACAAAUCGAUCCAUCAGGGGAAUCCUCAAAGCCAUCGAUCUUGGUAAAAAGUGA